AUGUUGCGACAUUCAGUUGUGCUACUCGCCGCCUUCCACUGUGCGCUCACUUUCAGCAUUCGCGACAUUAUCAACGGCAAACGCGCCGAUUCCGCAGUUCCGUGCCCAACGUGGCAUCCGUUCGCGUGUCCGUCCGGCGAAUGUGUUCCCAUCAAAUAUCUGUGCGACGGCUCGCCGGACUGCUCCGACGAGUACGAUGAGAACAAGAGCAUGUGUACGGCGGCGACGCGGCCGCCCGUCGAGGAGACGCAGGCGUUCCUCAAGGCGCUGAUGGCGGCGCACGGCAAAGAUUUUUUGGUGAAGGUGUUCGGGCCGAAAGCGAAAUCGGAAUUGUCGGGAAUGGGCGGCGUCGACAAGGUGGCGGUGGCGUUGUCGCAGACGCCAACGGCGGACCUGUUCGCCGCCGAGAUGAAGCUCGACGACGCCGAAACGCAGCACAUGCUCGAGGUGAUGGAAGGAAUUCUCAACGGCUCGACCGAUGAGCUCACCUCGAACGAGUCGGCCGAUUUUCGGUUUUUCGUCCAAAAACUGCAAGAGACCGGCUUCUUCUAG